CUGAUGUUAAUUCAGUGGAGCUACACGUGGUUUUGGUCCAGGGUAAAAGCGCAGGGGAGAGCUCAGCGCAGCGAGAGGCUUCCAGAGCAGCACCAUGUCUCUGUACCGCAACUCCGCCUGGUUCCUGAAGGGAGUGACCGAGUUCACCAGGAAUGCCUUCCUGUCAGCCUCCAAGAGGUUUGUGGAGAAGGACCUGGAGGUGUCCGUGGCUGGUCGCGCCUUCAUGAUAACAGGAGCCAACAGUGGCAUUGGAAAAGCCACUGCCAUGGCCAUCGCUAAGAAAGGCGGAACGGUCCACAUGGUGUGCAGGAACAAGGACAAGGCAGAGGAGGCGAGGGCAGAUAUCGUCAAGGAGUCAGGAAAUAAAGAGGUCUAUGUACACAUCCUGGACCUGUCUGAGACCAAGAAGGUUGGUGAGUUUGCUGAAGCGUUCAAGAAAAAGUACAAGGCCCUUAAUGUACUGAUCAAUAACGCCGGCGCUAUCAUGAGUCAGAGGGAUGUGAACGCUGAGGGGCUUGAGAAGAGCUUCGCCACCAACGUCCUUGGGGUUUACAUUCUCACCAAGAGCCUUAUUCCCUUGCUGGAGAAGAGCGCAGAUCCCAGAGUGAUCACAGUGUCAUCAGGGGGGAUGUUGGUGCAGAAGCUCAGGACAGGAAACCUGCAGUCUGAGAGAGGCCGCUAUGACGGCACCAUGGUCUACGCCCAACACAAAAGGCAGCAGGUGGUGAUGACAGAGCAGCUGGCGAAGACUCACACUAACGUCCACUUCUCCGUCAUGCAUCCCGGCUGGGUUGACACUCCCGCGGUGGCCAAUGCCAUGCCAGACUUCCAUAGGUCUAUGAAGGACAGUCUUCGGACCCCAGAGCAGGGGGCUGACACUGUGAUUUGGCUGGCUAUCUCUGAGGUUGCAACCACAAACCCCAGCGGACGUUUCUACCAGGACCGAAAUAUGGUGUCCACCCACCUGCCGCUGGCCUGGACCCACAGCUCUCCCCUGGAGGAGCAGAAGUUAAUGUCUGUGCUGGAGGACUUGGCCAAGACGUUUCAGCCACACUGAGACAGCAGGGACUGGCUGGCAGUACACCACACUAACACCAUCCGUUCAUACUGACCGAGGCUGGGCUCAGUAUUUCAUCCACCCGAUGACAUAAUACACUCCAGGAGAAGGAACAGAUCUGGGGCCAUUUUAUCCAAAGCAUUAGGAGUGUUAAUGCUACCUUUGGUCACUACCUUAAAAUGGGAAAAUAUGAAGAUAUACUGUGAGUUCUAAAAUGUGUGUUGGGACACCCAGCCUUACGAUGACAGAUUAAACUCACCUAUAAUCGAGGGAACUAUUUAUAUGGUAACACAUUUUCCUAUUUGUGAGCUCAACUUUAUAUGGACUAAAAAUGUAACGAGUGUUUGAUAGUGAAGAUGCCUUUAAAUGAGUUUUCAAAGGAUGUUAUCUUUCUGAUAGAGUGAGCACCUUCAUAAACCACACAAACAUCCCAGUCUGUUACUGUGACUUUAUGAAAGUUGUCAAUCAGAUGGGAAUCUGAUGUGACCAAAGUCACUCACACACCCUGCAUUAUUAAUUCACAACACCAGCUAUGGGUUUCGAUGUCAUCCUCGUGUCUUGUCGACUUACAAACGUGCCAUGUGUUGUGUAUUACACAGCUAUGUAAGUAACUUUAUUGUUUAUUGUAUUUGCUAUGUUGUAGUGCAGCUUCUGUUCUGUGCAGGUUGAGCUCAGGCUGGAGAUGAAGUGCUCUCUUUAUAAGCGGUGUGGCUUGAAUACACCACACAGCAGCACCACCUGACAUGAGCAAUAAAACCUACUUAUUUAUGAUCCAGUAAUAUCUGCUGAGCACCUUUAACAAGGCCUUUUACGGACUGUGACUGUGGCUUGAAGUUAUCUUGUAAAUGCCUGCUUGAAUAAAGAAAAUGACUCCGA